GACCAAGUUCUAUAUGUUUGCUUGCUGCUGGGCUAUAGAUAUUCUUUCUCCUUUGCUGAUACAAAGAUUGCCUGGCGUUUACUGCUGGGUAUCUUAUUGAGAAGGGUGCACUGCAAUUUGCAAGGGGGAAGUUCAGGCUUUUGAUUAAGGGGAUACUAUUUCUACAGUAGUGGGCUAGGUCACACCCCCACCCGCCACCAACUUAGCUUGGGGCCAUUUUCCCUCACUGUACGGAGUAUUUUCAGAUCUGAUUGCAACAGCGCCUUUGCUUACCCACGCGAUUGCACCGCCUGAUCCCUGGGCGGGCAGCCCCUAUGGACUCCUGUGUAAAUUCACUCAGAUUUCCCAACGCUGCGCUAGAGGGAUCGCCCUCCGAGUCUCAGGCCUCAGUUCAUCCUCGCAAUGGAGAGCCGUCUAAUCCUAAUCCGAUCCCAGGCAUCAAACCCGACUUUAUGAGAGCGUCUGCCGACAAGGAACCGACCCCCAGAGAUGAGGCAGAGGCGUCGGCCACCCAUGUGCGUGCCUUGGCAGCCGUCGCACAGCAGCAGAAGACCCGGCGACGCAGGGGAUCUCUCAGAAAGGUGGCCCUUCUGGGAAGAGGUGCACAGCGCGACAGGAGAGACAACCGACCGCUAGCUAUUGAAACAGAUUCAAUACCUGACGCAUCUAUAUCUAAGUCUGCCCGCUUCGAACCUGGCUCUGACAUCACUGUACAUAAUGCUCUUGGCCUCAACAUCCCCAUGUCAUCACCGACAAACGAGUGCGCCUCGACACGUUUUAAUUCCGGUUUGGGCCGGAGCGAAAGACCGGCGGACGUGUACAGCUUGACAACAGAUGAGGAGGACAUAAUCCAGCUAAGACCUCACGCCUCUCCGUCGCUGCGAUCCAGACUUCCUCUAUCAUCAGGAUCUGAGUCCUACUACGCCGGACGGGACACAGCUGAACGCCAGAGGUCGCUGCAAAAGGCGAAAUCUCCACUCUCCUAUUCCGCCUCGUCGCUACCCCAGCCAGGUGCAGGCUGGGACUACGCCGAGACUGAAUGGUGGGGCUGGGUUGUUCUUACAGUAACUUGGUUCGUUUUUGUCAUGGGAAUGGGCUCUUGCUUCGAUGUUUGGAGCUGGGCAUGGGACGUAGGCAAGACGCCAUAUGCGCCUCCCGAGCUUGAAGACGACCCUACUCUGCCCAUUGUGGGAUACUACCCUGCGCUUAUUAUCUUGACGUGCGUUAUGGCUUGGGUGUGGGUUGUAGUCGCUUGGGUAGGCAUGAAAUACUUUCGACAUGCAAAAAUUAGUGGUGACUGACCCCAUUGAGCGUGUUCAUUGGCACACGUCUUCUUAUUUUUUUUUUUUUUUNUUUUUUUUUUUUUUUUCAGAACGCCCGUGAUGUGUUUAAUAAACACAAUAUAACAACAAUAUACAUUUUCCCCAGUCAUAUAGCAUAAGUUGGAUU